AUGAGGUUAAACAAGAACCUCAUCAACCUUCUCAAAGAACUCGAGGACCGCGUCGAUGAGUCAGAUAAGAAGGCCAUCAAACAGACGUUACACGAUGUAGAAGAUGAUCUCGUUUCCCUGGAUUCUCUGCAAUCUGUCAGGACUCUGGGGAAAAGGCCACGCGAGCAACCUACGACGAGAACAGAGACAGGGGACGGCGAUGAAGGCAAUCACGGAGAGGCUCUUGUAACUGCAUCGGUCGGAUCCAACGAGGACCUCGACUUCCUUGACGAAGAUUUGAUGCGCACCCGCGAGUCGAGAGAGACCGGCUACAUGGGCCAAAACUCAGAGGUCCAAUGGUUACGAAGCGUUCAGCGUCAAGCAGAGCGUGGCAACUCAGAUCCUCAUGGGCAGCGAUACGGCCCUCCUGGCGCAAGCUCGGCGGCUAUUGACGAACGAUCCGAAGCUUUGCAUGAACGAAGACAGAACGCUAGACCAGGCUCAAUGCAACACAUCACGGAUGCGACUUUUUACCUGGAUGGCGACGACAUUGAGGUCGACAUCGCUGUAGACCCGGACGAGAUGCCUGGCCCGGAUAUUGCUGAGAAGCUCUUUGAUUGCUACAUGGGAACUGUACACGGUACAUUCCCACUCAUGCCUACUAACUUCGAGGACCAAUUCCGGCGCUACAUUCAAUCUCUCAGAUUCGGACGUCCGUACUCAAUCCCUCCCCCUUGGCGUGCCACCAUGAAUCUGCUUUUCGCCAUCGGCGCUAAGUACUCUCAUCUCAUUAGUGCCGAGUGGCGAGGCGAUGAGAGAGACCACCUUGUAUAUAUGACACGAGCUGUUCAACUCUUGGGACUGAGAGAUACCAUAUCGUUCCUCGCAGCACCCAGUCUGGGCAGGGUCCAAGCAACGGGAACGUUAGCAUUUUACUUCCUUGUCAUUGGGCACGUGAGUAGAGCAUGGAUCAUGAGCGGGCUCUCCGUCAGACUUGCCUUGGCACUUGGUCUACACUUGCGCAACGAGGACGAUUCGAUGAAUGACUCUAAGAGAGAGCCUCCGAACCCGAAUCUCCAGAUCGAGACGCAACUGCAGCACCACAGCCGUCUCGCAUUAAAACAAGCUACAAUACAUCUCGGACUCCUAAAAGUAGUGCUGCCUCUGACUCUGGCCAACGGCAUACAGAUGGAAGCCACUAUCUGCAUACUCCAAUCCUGGGAGUACGUACAGACGAAGAUCACGGAGCUGCUCAAAGAAUUGGAGGACUGGGUCAAGGAGGCCUUGCCACCUGAGGAUAUCCGCCCAAGUGACUGGAACCGACGACCUGAACUUAAUCGCGAACGCUUUCUGCUCCGAAUUUACUACUGGAGUACAAAGGUCCUUAUUACCCGACCUUGUCUCUGUCGGAUCGAGCGAAGGAUAUCAACGGAGAGUGAGAAGUCCAUGAACUUCAACAGUAAGUCGGCGGAGACAUGUGUCGACGCAGCUCGAAGUAUGACGAUGCUGUUCCCCGAGAAGCCUGACACGCAUUUCAUCUACUCACAAGGACCGUGGUGGGACGUGGUUCAUCUUGUCAUGCAAUCACUAGCCGUGCUGCUACUGGAAAUGGCCUACGAAGGGAAGCACCUGAAGGAUGAGAGAGAGGACAUCAUGGGCUGUAUCAAGAAGAUGAUACGCUGGCUUCGAGCCAUGAAAGCCAACGACCCAGUCGCUGCUCGGGCUCAUGAUGUCGUUUACAAGAUUCUCAACACAUGCGCGCCGGCACUUCGGGAGCAAGUCAAGGAGCUAAUUGCCGACGAUACCGAGUGGACGUCUCAACCCGCACAGCCUGCACGCUCCGCCCGCCCUUCUACGUUCACGUCGCAGUCAACCUCAUGGGAUGCAACAGGUGCUGCUGGCUACUCACAAGAAUUGCCACCAAAUUUCCCACCACCGUUGUCCGAGGCCCACUUCAUGGAUCCGCUACUUUCAUACCCUAUGCCGGCUCAACAACCAACGUCUUUCGCUUUUGGAAACCCCUUCAUGACAAGCUUUGAUCAAGGCGUCCCUCUUAUCGACAUGCAGCAACUGUGGUGGCAGUCGGCGCCCUUGAGCAACCUGGGCUUGUAUCCCUCUGAGAUGAAUAUGUCACAGCAGCAACUCAUGCAACAGCAAAUGCAGCAACAGAUGCAUCAACAGAUGCAAAUGAGCGAUCUCACGGAGCAGCAGGAUGAACAAGGGUCUUCCGGGCAGCCGUCUGGCUAA